AUGGAACAAGCAGUUCCCAGCACCGUUUCUCGUAAGAGGGACCUUUCUGCAUUAUCUACUUCCGAAGAAUACACUGGAAGUACUCGGGUGGCUCUAAAUGGUGAAGUAGAAACGCCACUACAAUCAACUCAAUCUAUAACUCCUGCUCCUUUGGCAAAUGUAAUGCCCAUACCGAAGAAAUCGAGAGUCAUUAAGACAGACAAACCAAGACCAUUUCUUUGUCCCACCUGUACUAGAGGCUUUGUCAGACAAGAACAUUUGAAAAGACAUCAACGAUCACAUACAAAUGAAAAACCAUUCCUUUGUGUGUUUUGUGGGAGAUGUUUUGCAAGAAGAGAUCUGGUAUUGAGACAUCAACAUAAGUUGCAUGCUGCUUUAAUUGGGAAUGAAUUACAACAGAACUUGUCAAAUCAGUUAGAUGUCACUCAUGAGGACAUCAUUGAUAAACAUAUUGUUAAAGUGACAGGUAAUAAGGCAACUAUUCUUCCGACACCAACAAAUCCAAUGGCGAAAUCUGCCGCACAGUUAAAGAAGGAGGCAAGAGAUGCAGCAAAAAUAAAGAGAAGGUAUAGUGUAAAGACAAAUUCGAGGGAUGGUAGCAGGAAGAACUCAAUAUCUAAUCCAAUUUCUGUUUCACCUAUGCAGCGUAGUGUCAGUUCAUUAAUCGGCAAUGAAGAAACUAAGUCUACAAGCGUAGCUUUCCAAGAACCUAUGUCGUCAAUACAACGUCCAUUAUCCUCUACAUCAGUAACUGCCGCUACGAUAAGUAAGAGACAUGCCUCCUUUUCAGCAGCAAGUGCAUUUACAUAUGUUCAGGAUAAUAACAAUAAUAACGCACAUGACCAACAACAGAUCAAUAAGAAUGAAUUUCAAUUUCCUGCUGAUAUUCCACAUCAAGUUGGUUUUUCUACACCUCAAUUAUCUGCGCAACAGCUUAUUGAAAAGGUUACAGAAUCAGGUGUAGCGUUUGAAUCACUUGAUAUGCCUCCUUUCUUUACUUUAGAUGAUCCGCUAAACAGUAUGGGGAUGGGAAAUGAUUCAAAGAUUCAAUUUAAUGAAAAUUUUAAUUUUAAUGAGGUGGUCUCCGGUAAUUAUAAUAAUAAUAAUAAUAAUAGUGAACGUCUUACAGUUGCUGAUAAUACUAAUCGUCAUGCUCAGCUCAAUUUGAAUAGUGGAACCGCUACGAAUCCUGGAAAUGUGGUGCCAACAGAUUCCUAUUUGUUUACACCAUUCAUGUUAUCUGAUUUUUUAACAAUGAGUUCUUCAUUUGGUGGUGCCAGUGGUUUUACAAAACCAGAUCUUAAUAAUUCCAAUUUAGAUUAUUUUAAUUAUCAUGAUACCGCAACAACAUCUUCGAAUACUACUCCCUAUCCACCAUCAUUUGAUAACUUUAUACCAGAAAGGAUUAGCUCUCUCACACCUAUUGGGGCUACAUUGAAUAAUAAUCACAACAUGAAUAUUAAUGUGCCAAUUCCUACAUUUGCGAUUCAAGGAACCCAUCAACCAAUGCAUCCAAACCCAUCUCCACAACCUUUCUAUUCAAAGCAAAUAUUACCCCAUCAAGUACCUAAAUCACACUUUGUAAAUUCCCCACCAAGUAAUCAGCUAUCACAACAACGACAACCGGGCAUGGUUUCGGAGCAUUCCAACCCCCAUAAAGUACCUGGUAGUUCUGGCAUGGAAAAACGUUGGUUGAAUGACUUCGUCUCGGACUCCAACUCAAAUUUAGAACCAAAUUUUAAAUUAAACCUGGAACACUUUAAUGAUAUUGGCUUUAUUAAUACCCCUAUUCCAUCUCAACAGCAUACAUUAACUCCAUUACCACUUACAUCAAAUCCAUUAUCUCGCCAACCUAGCAAUAGUGCCAACCAUAGUUCGGCUCAUUCGCAGGUUCAAGAAUCAAAAAAGAACCAAAACUAUUAUUCCGACCCAACCCAAAGAGAGGGACGAAAUAUCACACCUAUUUCUUCAAGCAUUACACCCGUAGUUGAAAGAAUUAAUAAACUCGAUGACAAAAAUGAAAAUAAUCAUGAUGCUGCGACACUUACUUACAAUGUUUCUAGUUUAUUCACGUCAAGACAAAUAGAUUUGUUCAAGGAAACCUUGAAAUCCAAGAAAGCUGAUCGUACAAAUGAUAAAGAAAAGGAUGAUAACGCCAAAUAUCAACAAACUAAUAAUACUAAACUUCGAUUUUUUGACGAAAAACUACGUGAUUCUAUUAUUAAGGAAAACAAUUUGACAUCUUCGUUGUUCCCCACUGUUGAAGAGUUAAACAAUUAUGUGGAUUUGUAUCAAACGGAAUUUCAUUAUUAUUUUCCAAUCUUACAUUUCCAUUCCAUUCAGUUCAAUAUGGACAAUUAUCCUUUACUUUUAUCCAUUGUUAUGUGUGGUGCUAUUUAUGGGUUUCAUUCUACUCAUGCGAAAUUGUUAUCUAACAUCAUUUCGGUUCAUAUUAAGAGGUUUUUAGGAGAGCAAAGUAAUAACUACCAAUCAACGCCCCUUUGGUUGAUCCAAAGUUUGGUCCUUUUAACGUUUAGUGGUAUUUUCAAUAAUGAUGUAAAAGUUGUAAUGAAUAUGAAAGGACAUCUAAUGACGUUGGUUCAAUUGGUAAAGGUAACAAAAUUGAAUUUCCCCUUAGAAAAUUUUAUCAAACCACCAAUUGAGAGUGACCAUACUUUGGCGUUCCAGGAUGAUCCAACUGAAUUGGCCAAAUUACAGGGACAAUACAAGACAGAAGAACAGAUAGAAAGGAAUUUCAAUUAUUUUAUCCUGGCUCAAACAAGAAUUAGAAUAUGUCAUACAAUCUUAAUCCUUUCCAAUUUUUUCACCUCUGUGACAGGAAUCGACUGUUGUUUCCAUUCUAUUGAUUUGAAAUGUGGGAUUCCAUGUUAUCAUGAGGUUCUAUAUCUAGCUGAGGACUCUGAAAUUUGGUCGUUCUAUUUAAACAAGUUUAAUAUUGAACUAGAUUCCAAAUUUUCUUUAAUUGAAUUAUCAAACGGAGAUGGGUCUUAUGAGAAUUGUUUGAUGUAUUUGGCUAAUGGAAGUCAAUUUUUGUAUGAGAAUACUAAAAUUUCAUUUAGAACUUUAUUGUCAUUGUUGAUUUCUAUUCAUGAGAAGAUAUACAUUGAAAGAACAGCAUUGAGACAAAGUGGAGCAGAUAACAGCAAAAAUGACAGGGCUGGGCAAGUAUAUGGUAUUAAAUGGAAAAUGAACUCUAGACCUAUCAUUGCUUCAAUGCUAAAAUGUUGGGAAGCACUAUAUAUAAAAAAUGGUGGGAUACUAAUUCCAAAUAAAGAUAAUGUGGCAAUGAUAAGAUCAAAUCCAUCCAUGAGAUUAAUAAUUCCUCUGCACUUAUUAGCCAAGAUUAGAAAAUGUCUUGAUUUGUCCUUUGUAAUGGAUUUGAUAUGGAUUCAGGAUUGGAAUCAAAUGAACGAAAAAUUACAAACAUUCUCUUACGAUUGGGAGGCUCUACAUGAAGCAACAACAUAUUCGUUGAAUGUUAUAGAAUUCUGGAUCGACACAAUUUCUACGUCCAGCAAUAUAAGAACACCGAUUAUAUCAAUGACUUGUAUCUUCACUUCUAUAUUAAUCGUAUCCGAAUAUCUGAAAUUGAUAGAAACUUGGGCCACUUCGUGUCUUUCUUCUAAUAAUAAGAAUAUAACCGCUGCCAAUUUCAAGGUGGCAGAUAGAAUUCAAUGGUUAAAGGCAUUCCAAAUAAGCAAAACAAUUGAAAACAGAUUGCUCUUAUCCGGUUGCAAGAUUCAAACGUAUUCAGAAUUUUUAGAACUACCAAAAGAUCGACCAAACACCAUGCUAGAUGAUGAGUUCGUGCAAAAAAUAUUGAAACCGGACUGUGACAUUCAGGACACAAUGCAACUGUUGAAGAAAACUAAAGUUUCGAUAAGGUAUCUUUAUUUAGGUGUUCGUGUUCUUGGCGAUUCUCCUGUCUGGCCAAUAUCAUUAACAUUCGCUAACGCAUUACAAUCAAGGGCCAUUUACGUUUUAAAAAAAGAGCAAGAACAAUAG